CCUCGAAAACUCCACAUGCCACCACUAACUCUAACCACCCUCGUUGGACCAGUAGACACUCAAGCCUUUCGGUCACAUCCCAACACUUGUAAUAAAUACAUCUAAACCCAACUCUCAUGACAUAUCUGAUCACAAAACAUAAACAAAGAAAUACUAAAAUGCAGAAGAGUGAAUCUACUUCUUCUUUGGGGCCAGGAGGCCUCGACCUAUCCCAGACCUUUUUCAGGCCAAUCCAAAGCGCCGCUCCACCAUCACCCACCAAGCGCCACACCAAGAUCUCAGUCAUUGGAGCUGGCAACGUUGGCAUGGCCAUAGCCCAGACCAUCCUCACCCAAGACCUCGCCGAUGAGCUCGUCCUGGUCGAUGCCAAGCCGGACAAGCUCCGCGGCGAAAUGCUCGACCUUCAACACGCUGCAGCCUUCCUCCCUCGAACCAAGAUCCUCGCUUCCGUCGACUAUGCCAUCACGGCCGGGUCUGACCUCUGUAUUGUCACCGCAGGCGCCCGCCAGAUUCCCGACGAGUCUAGGCUGAAUCUACUCCAUAGGAACAUUGCUUUGUUCCGGAACAUCAUACCCCCGCUCGCCAAGUUCUCACCCGAAACCAUACUGAUGAUCGUCUCCAACCCCGUCGAUGUGCUGACUUAUGUCUCUUGGAAACUAUCUGGGUUUCCCUCGAAUCGUGUCAUCGGCUCGGGCACGAAUCUGGACUCCUCUCGAUUCAGGUUCCUCAUAGCUGAUCAUCUCGAUGUCAAUGCUCAAGAUGUGCAGGCGUACAUAAUAGGAGAGCAUGGAGAUAGUUCAGUGGCGCUGUGGUCGAGCAUAAGCGUAGGAGGAGUGCCGGUGUUGAACUUCUUGGAAAGACAACAAAUACCAUAUGAGAAGGAAAUGUUGGAGAACAUUCACAAACAAGUCAUAGACAGUGCGUACGAAGUCAUAAGGCUUAAAGAAUACACGUCGUGGGCAAUAGGAUACUCGGCGGCCAACCUUGCUCGAAGCAUACUCAGAGACCAGAGGAAGAUUCACCCGGUUUCUGUGCUUGCCACAGGGCUGCACGGCAUUGGCGAUGGUCGAGUGUUCUUGAGUUUGCCGGCUCAGUUGGGCAGAGGCGGCGUAUUGGGAGUGGCUAAUGUGCAUCUGUCGGAGGAGGAGGAAGAGAAGCUUAGGGAAUCUGCUGAAACACUCAUCAAAGUUCAGUCUCUAUUGGGAAUAUGAUUUAUAUAUAUAUAUAUGCAAGCCUUGAUAAAUUGAUAUUUUUACUAUAUUCUUAUUAUUAUUAUAUAUUAUUGUUCUGCAACUUAAGAUAUUAUUCCAAGAACGGUCCCUGACUGAAAUAAGAUGUAUGAAUAUCUUUGUAGUUUGUAUACUAUAAUAAAAAAUAAAUUAUAGUAUAA